AGAGAGAGAGAGAGAGAGAGAGAGAGAGGCAGAGUGAGGGUGUGCAGGAGAAAAAGUUAUCUGAGCUCCCACAAAUCACUUUGUCACCAGCAAGCUCUGACAAGCACCGGCAGAGGAGGGAGCUCUCAGGCAGACAGGCAGAGUUAAAUAGAGGUGUGAGCAGGGAGGCUGUGGAGAGACUCCGAGGGAGAAGGUGUGAAGUGAAGGAGUUGUGGAGGCAAUGAUCGAGGUGAAAUCCAUGGAUGGAUAGACGGGAGGAGAGGACAGAGACCAGAACCCAAACGUCUCGCCACCUGAGAGGGACUGUUUCUGCUGCUGGAUGAUACUUUCAUUGAAACAGAAGGUGUGUCAAAACUUUAAACUCUGUCAGAAGAGGACGGCGUGUCACUGAUGUCGGCAUUUUCAGUCUUCUGCUAACAGAACUGCUUUGAGCUUCCUUAGACUCGGCCGUCCGCGCACACGGAGGGCACACUACCAUGUUGUCACAUUUGAGAGCGGAGAGACGGAUCGAGAGACAGCUGCUCUGCCUGUGAGGCAGUCAUGAGUCGCAGGCACUGAAAGCAGUUUCUGGUGUGUUGCAGCUGUACGCAGAUCACAUGUUGUUGCUGGUAAAAAGAGGUAGUCAGAGCGGGGAGCAUUACAUGUUUGUCAAAUGCUUUUCUGUAGGAGGAAAUGUAUAAGCCUGUGAUCUGUGUCAAGUAAGUCAGACAAAGUUAAGACUUUAAACGGGCACACCAGACUUUCCCUUCAUUGUGGACAUUUGAUUAGCUGUGAGCCUGACAGAAAUCCCCAAAGAGUUUUAUCUGGGCUGCAAAGGAAGCCCGAGGUCAUCUGACCAAACUUCACAUAAAUAAGAAGACCGAUUUCCCCCCGAACAGAUACACAUGUCUGUUCUCUCUUUCAAGACUGCUUAAAAAGGGAACAUUGAGCUCAAAUCAGCUCAAUUAUUUUAGUUGAUCCUGUAAGUCAAGCAGAACAGGAAGCAGAGAAGCAGUGCCAGGUUAAAAACCCAAGAAUCGAGAUUUCAAGUGAGUGGAACUCUUUUGCUGUCUUCCAGCGCUUCAUUCACAUCGGCUCAGCCGGCCUCAGGGGACUUGUAAUGAGAAACUGCCUGGUGAGCAAUACAGCUGACACGUGGAGUGUAUGCCCUGAAUAAGACACGACUCGGUUAUUGUGGUUCACUGAGGCUUGAAAGACGUCCAUAACACAUGAGCAUAAAACCAGCUCUGCUUCACGCUCCAGACCUUCAGGCUUGUCUUGCUCUAAAAAGUGCUGUUCCAGCCUUUUGACUAUUACUGUGUUGCUGUUUGGAUGUGCCCUGUCAGUGUUUGACAGCUCCGCUCUGGACUCCCCUCAGAGUCUGGGACGUCAUUGUGUUACCUGCGCGGCUGAGUCAGAGGCUGGCUCAUCACUCCAUGUCUGUCUGCCCGGCGAGGUGCACUCCACCUGCCGCCACGCAAAGACGACACAAACACCAGGAGCUUUUUCACGGCAGAAGCAACAGCUGAGGCUCCAGUAGCUGUGAAUUUUCGGGACUCUCUACACUGCGGUGAUUGUUUUGUCGUGUGUAAACACCUUGCGUCAGUCACACCCCGCCACCGAGUGAUUCACUAUUCCCUAAGCAUCUCUGGUGGGAGGCAGGCAGGCGGGCAGGCAGAGUCAAGGUGAGGGAGAGUUUUCUACCAUCCAAAAUGCAGAGGCGGCUGUGCUGUCAAGCUGUCACCAUGAGACUGGCUGUCUUGAUGCUCGUGGUCGUGUACACGGCGGACAACGUGCGCGGCAUGUCUACGUGUAAGACCGUGGACCUGGAGAUGGUGAAGAAAAAGCGCAUCGAGGCCAUCAGGAGCCAGAUCCUCAGCAAGCUGCGGCUGCCAAAAGCGCCCGAGCCGGAUCAAACCGGAGACGAGGAGGACAUCCCGUCCAACCUGCUGUCGGUCUACAACAGCACCAAGGACCUGCUGAAGGAGCAGCAGAUCAAGGUCCAGACGGACAUCCUCGUGGAGCAGGAGGAGGAGGAGUACUUCGCAAAGGUGCUGCACAAGUUCAACAUGACCAAGACGAAUAACAGCGAGCCCACCAAGAACGCCAAAAUCAUCCCCAUGUUCUUCAACAUGUCUGAGAUCCGGGCCAGCGUGGGGGACCACCGUCUGCUGACCAGCGCGGAGCUCCGAAUGCUCAUCAAGACGCCCACCAUCAAUAAGAAAGAGCGAGUGGAGCUGUAUUAUCUUGACCAAUCCACUGCCAUGUACCUCGAGUCCCGCUUCCUGUCCAAUGAGUACAAGGACAAAUGGCUGACCUUUGACGUGGCCAAACCCGUGCGGUUAUGGCUCCAAGGGAACGAUGAUGAGCAGAGCUUCCAGCUGAGGCUGUUCUGCGACUGCACUCAGACCAGCACGGACCGAGGCUUCAGCUUCUCCAUCUCCGGGACCGAGAGCCCCCGGGGCGACCAGGGGACUCUCCUGAAGCUGACGCAGCAGCCGCCCUACAUCCUCACCAUGUCGAUCCCUCAGAACACCAGCAGCCACCUCAGCUCACGCAGGAAACGCUCCACCGACGCCAGGGACACCUGUUCAGCCCAAACAGAGACCUGCUGCGUGAGGAGCCUCUACAUCGACUUUAGGAAGGAUCUGGGCUGGAAGUGGAUCCACAAGCCAACAGGUUACUACGCCAACUACUGCAUGGGGUCCUGCACCUACAUCGGAAAUGCCGAAAACAAAUAUUCCCAGAUUCUGGCUCUGUAUAAGCACCACAACCCGGGAGCCUCUGCACACCCCUGCUGCGUUCCCCAGGCUCUGGAGCCUCUGCCAAUCCUCUACUACGUGGGCAGGCAACACAAGGUGGAGCAGCUCUCCAAUAUGAUCGUGAAGUCCUGCAAGUGUAGCUAAAGAUCCAGGACGGCGCGCCGUGCCUCGUUUCGAACACGGAGGGAUUCAACGAGCUGCGUUUCAGACUACAAAGGAGAGUGUGUGACUGGAAUAAAGGAAAAAAAAAAGAUAAUGUGGACGAGGAGAACUAAGUAUUUGAAGUCGUCUCCAAGGUUUCUCCCGCAAGCUCUGCCAUUAUCUUGUUGGACACACGUCAAACCACGGAUGUCGUUUUAAAAAAUGGAUUUUAAGGCUUUUUUUUUGUACAUACUUUCUCUUUUAAGUAGUAAUUAAAAAAAACACUGCCUUGUUUUAAUUUAUUUGUAAGGGUGGAUUGGGGACCACAAGGUGAUGCAGUGGUUAGCACUCACACCUCACAGUGAGACGAUCCCCAGUUUGAUCCCAGAGUUGGGGGCUUUUCUGUGUGUAUUUUGCAUGUUCUCCCUGUGUGUCUGUAAGUUUUGGUCCUCCUGCUGACUGAAGAUGAUUCUUCGGUUUGGUUCUUCGUUGACUCUAAACAUGCCCGCUGUGUGCAUGUCUGUGUGUGUGUGUGUGUGUGUGUUUGUGUGUGUGUGUGUGUGUGCUUGUCCUGCCUCAGGUCCAGCGUCAGCUGGGGUCGGUCCCGCUCAUCCGACCCGACACUGGACGCCUCAAGUUAAGUUUUGAUCUCGGAAUCUGGUGUGAAUCCUAAAGUGUGUCCGGAGUAAAAAACAAAGCAAAACAAAAGAACGAGUCAAGUCUACUCUACAAGUUGUAAUGACUUGUGAAAAUGGAUGAAUGGAGCUAUUGACAUGUACCACGCUUAAACAAAAACAACCCGGACAAAGAAACACCCUACAAUAACAAAGAUGGACUCUAAAGAAGAACUUUUGGUUUCGCAAAUGAAUGCCUGGGAGGCUUCCUUCUGCCACAUCAGCCUCCAAAGCAGGUGAAAAGGUGCUAAAUCCCAGGUGGAAAACCGAGGCUGUCGGGGUUUUCCUGGAAGAUAACAGGUGUUUUUUUGAAAAGAGCCACAUGGUAAACACAGGCUGACCCAGGGGAACUCCCUCCUCACUGGAAGGCCGGACUCGUCAGCAAAACUUUCACAGGGACCGUCCGUCCGUCGGUUGAGUUUGCUCUGUUUGGUUUGCAGCCCGUGCGAUCCCGGCAGUGCCGUUGUGUGUGUUUGUGCUGAUAACUGAGCGUCAGUCCGUCCUUGAAGCCUCCUGAUGUGUCAGAGCUGAGAGCAACGAGCGUGACGACGCCAUGUUUGUUUCUCCCGGCGGGGAUUUACAGCCCCGGCGGUGUGUUUAGGGUCCGGGCAUGCGGCUGUUCAGGAGGGAAGUUUUCUUCUAACCAUCAAGGUAAAUUAUUUCCUUUUAACUGCAGGAGUUUUUUUUUUUUCUUUUUGUUUUUAGUCACACCUUUCUCAUAAAUCAAGAACUGAUCAGUUUGUAUACUAUCCUGUAGGAAUUCAAGAACAACACUUUCUCCAGUUUUUGUUUCAUAUUUUUAUAGUGCACUUACUAUUUUAAAUUUCAAUUUGUAAAUACUUUUUUUUUUUAAUUGAAAUAAACAUGUUAAAUUAUC